AUGCGUUAUGCUAUCGCUGUCUCCGCUAUCUGCGGCCUUGUUACUGCCGCUCCCCAGCUGAUCAACAUCGACGCUGCUCUGGCUGUUCCCACUCCUACCAUUCUUGGCCCCGCAGUCACUGAGACCAAGGCUGUUCCCAUCUCCUACAAUCCCACUGCCGCCGCUUCCGCCGUUGUUGCCAUCGUCAAGGACGACGGCGCCAUCGAGAAGCGUGACGUUCCCAGCAGCUGCGGUGCUCAGCAACCUGGUGGCUUUGCUUCCAACCCCGACUCCGGCACCGCUGACUCCGACUACACCGCCGACAGCAGCAGCUUGAGGGCCAACGCCCGGGCUGCUGAUACCCCAGAAGGCUACGUGGUGUCUUUCACAGACAAGCUCGGCAGCUCCCAGCAGAUCGGCUACCUCACCUACAAGAACAUCGAUUCUAAGACGUACGAUGUUCAGGCCUGCGCCGAUUUCUGUGACUCCGAGAAGUUCUGUCUUGGUUUCAACAUCUUCUACGAGCGUGACCCCCAGUUCGAGCCCAAGGACGGUUGUGCCAACCCCCCUGCUCAGACCAAUCUCAAGUGCUCCAUCUACGGUUACCCCGUCGCUGAGGCAGCUGCUACCAACCAAGGCCAAUGGCGCGGUCCCCAGGACAUCAACGGCCAGGCUUUCCACGUUGUCAUCACCGGUUCCAACGGUUACUCCAAGACCAACAGGAACGCCCCCACUGUCCCUGACUUCAAUGCUCCUACGAACCUUCCCGCUGCUAUCAACGCUCCUCUUUACAAGAAUGUGGACACCUACAACGGCAUGAGGUUGUUCAACAACAACCCUUACGACCCCUCUCUCUGCGCCGCCGCUUGCGAGGGCCAGACAACAUACGACAAGAACCACCCCGCUUCCGAUGGCACGUACAAGCCUUGCAACUUCUUCACCUCGUACAUCCUCACCAAGAACGGUGUUCCUCUCGGCACCUACUGCUCUCUCUACACUCGCACCUGGGACGCGAGCUACGCUGUCAACACCGGCUACUACUACGGCAGCGACAAGUACUCUGUUGUCAAUGCUGCUUCCUACGAGUUCCCCACCUUCGACAAUGGUAACGGUGGUGUCCCCAACUAA